GGGCGGAGCGAACCGCGUCCCCGCGCCGCCGCCACCGCCCCCGUCGCGUCCGCCCCGUCGCGCCCCGCCAUGGCUGCCCGCUGUCUCCGCGCCGCCCCGGCGCUGAGCCGCCUGGCCCGCUGCCCUCUGCCCGCCGCCGCCGUGGGGCAGCGGCGACACUAUGCCGACAAGCGGAUCAAGGUGACCAAUCCGGUGGUGGAGAUGGACGGAGAUGAGAUGACGCGGAUCAUCUGGGCCUUCAUCAAGGAGAAGCUCAUCCUGCCCAAUGUGGACGUCCAGCUGAAGUAUUUUGACCUGGGUCUGCCACACCGGGACAAGACAGACGACCAGGUCACCAUCGACUCAGCACUGGCCACCCAGAAGUACAGCGUGGCUGUCAAGUGUGCCACCAUCACGCCGGACGAAGCCAGGGUGGAAGAGUUCAAGCUGAAGAAGAUGUGGAAGAGCCCCAACGGCACCAUCCGAAACAUCCUGGGGGGCACAGUGUUCCGGGAACCCAUCAUCUGCAAGAACAUCCCGCGCCUGGUGCCCGGCUGGACCAAGCCCAUCACCAUUGGCAGGCAUGCCCACGGCGACCAGUACAAAGCCACUGACUUCGUGGUGGGCAAGUCCGGGACGUUCAAGAUGGUCUUCACGCCAAAGGACGGCAGUGGGACCAAGGAGUGGGAGGUCUUCAACUUUCCUGGUGGCGGCGUGGGCAUGGGCAUGUACAACACGGAUGAGUCCAUCUCAGGCUUCGCACACAGCUGCUUCCAGUACGCCAUCCAGAAGAAGUGGCCUCUCUACAUGAGCACCAAGAACACCAUCCUCAAGGCCUAUGAUGGGCGCUUCAAAGACCUUUUCCAGGAGAUCUUUGAUAAGCACUACAAGACUGAGUUCGACAAGCUGAAGAUCUGGUACGAGCACCGGCUCAUCGAUGACAUGGUCGCCCAGGUGCUGAAGUCCUCCGGCGGCUUUGUCUGGGCCUGCAAGAACUAUGACGGGGACGUCCAGUCAGACAUCCUGGCCCAAGGGUUUGGCUCCCUGGGGCUGAUGACCUCAGUGCUGGUGUGUCCGGACGGGAAGACCAUCGAGGCCGAGGCGGCCCACGGCACCGUCACCCGCCACUACCGGGAGCACCAGAAGGGACGACCCACCAGCACAAACCCCAUCGCUAGCAUCUUCGCCUGGACGCGCGGCCUGGAGCACCGGGGCAAGCUGGACAGUAAUCCCGACCUGAUCAAGUUUGCUCAGACGCUGGAGAAGGUUUGUGUUGAAACGGUGGAGAGUGGGACGAUGACGAAGGACCUCGCUGGCUGCAUCCAUGGCCUUGCCAAUGUGAAGCUGAAUGAGCACUUUGUGAACACCACCGACUUCCUGGAUGCCAUCAAGAACAACCUGGACAAGGCCCUGGGCAAGCACUAGAGUGACGCAGGGGAUGCCCAGCCCUGGUGUCACUUGGAUGGACAGGGACCCAGUGCCGCCUCCAGCUCACCAGCACCACUCAGGAACAGUGGAAUAGUUUUUAUAAGCAGUUUUCUUACAAGUGUUUUUAAAGCCUUUCUAUUGGGGGUUUGUUUCUGGGGGGCCCUAGUCCCACACUGACUCGUGUACCCCCCACCCUCACGGUGCCAGCAGCCAUUAAACCUCCCCAGCCCAUGGCGUGUA